CUUGUUCACUUAUCCACAGCAAGAUUAAUCAUGGGCAAAGUGAUCCAUUUAUAGCUGUUUCCACCCCCCACCUUCAGCCUCUUGCACUGUGGAACCAGAGCAAUAUAUAAUCAGUUCUUCAUGGUGUUUCCAGUGAAUCCAUUUUAAUUCAAGUUCCAGGUUUUCUGUGAAAAUUUUUGAGACUUAGGCCAGAUAAAAAGAUUUAUACUUAUGAGAACACUUUGUUUAUUGAAUUAUAACUGAUAUACCAAAAAACUACACAUUUAAUAUAUACAGCUUCUUAACAACUGUUGAUUUAACAUUGAAUUAUCUGAAUAGGCUAUUUCCAAAGAUUGUCCAGUCUUUCACACUGAAACUUACUAAAGAGAAGAUCAGUUUGAAGAGGAUUGUUUCUGAACACUCCCAAACAUCAUUAAGAUCAUCUAACUACUAAGGCUACUAAGGUUUAGCUGCCACUGUGUAUCCAAUCUACUACUUCAAAUCAGACUAUUAGGCAUCCCAGAUGAUUGAGUAUACAGACAGCAUCCAGACUUUGUUCAGAAGAGUUCCUCAUGGCUAUGAUCUUAACAGUCUUCACCACGUAAUCUUCAAGAACUGAGAAACUGAAACUUUAUUAACGCUUCAACAAAAACCUUAUAAGAAUUUACAGUUCAAUAAAAUUCAAGCAUUUAUUAUUUGUUAAAAUGGAGAUGUGUAAUAAAUUCCAAGUUUUAUUAAUAAAAAAGUUUUUCAGGUAAUAUAAUUAAUCAUCACAUGAAACACAUGGAGAAUAGGAAUAACGUGACAGAGUUUGUUCUACUGGGGCUUACAGAGAAUCCAAAGAUGCAGGAAAUAAUAUUUGUUGUGUUUUUUGUCAUCUACAUCAUCACUGUGGUGGGAAAUGUGCUCAUUGUGGUCACCAUCACUGCCAGCCCAUCAUUGGGGUCCCCCAUGUACUUUUUCCUGGCCCAUCUCUCCUUUAUUGAUGCCUGCUAUUCCUCUGUAAAUACCCCUAAGCUAAUCAUAGAUUCACUCUAUGAAAAGAAGACCAUCCUAUUCAAUGGAUGCAUGACUCAAGUCUUUGGAGAACAUUUCUUUGGAGGUGCGGAGGGCAUUCUACUUACUGUGAUGGCCUAUGACCGCUAUGUGGCCAUCUGCAAGCCCCUGCACUAUAUGACUAUCAUGAACCGGCAUGUGUGUGCCCUGCUAAUGGGAGUGGUGUGGAUGGGAGGCUUUCUUCAUGCAACCAUACAGAUCCUCUUCGUCUUCCAAUUACCUUUCUGUGGUCCUAAUGUCAUAGAUCAUUUUAUGUGUGAUCUGAACCCUUUGCUCAAUCUUGCCUGCACUGACACCCACACACUGGGACUCUUCGUUGCUGCCAACAGUGGAUUCAUCUGCUUGUUAAACUUUGUUCUCCUGCUGAUCUCCUAUGUGGUCAUCUUGCGCUCCCUAAGGACCCACCGCUUGGAGGCAAGGCGCAAAGCCCUCUCCACCUGUGUCUCCCACGUCACAGUUGUUGUCUUAUUCUUUGUGCCCUGCAUAUUUGUGUACAUGAGACCUGUAGCUACUUUAUCUAUUGAUAAAGCAGUUGCUAUAUUCUACACUAUGAUAACUCCUAUGUUAAACCCCUUAAUCUAUACCUUGAGGAAUGCCCAGAUGAAAAAUGCCAUUUGGAAACUGUGUAGUAGAAAGGUCAUUUCAGGUGGCAAAUAAAUGUAACUAGGGCCCAACAUUGAUUCCAUUUAGGAAAGGUCAAAAGGACAUUUUAGAUCAUUGCAGUGGGGCAAAUUGAUUGGAUAAAGAAAACAUUACCCGUAUGAUUCAUAGAUUCUGCGUGGAGGGGUACAGAAAUGGUUCAAGGAAAGAGAGAAAACGACCCAAGACAACUCUGCCUAUUUAGGAAAUUCUACCAAGUUGGAGCUCAGUUUUACUAGCUUCAUCCUGUAUAUGGAUUCAUAGGCUUUCCUCUCACAAACAAAAGAAAUAAUAGAACAUAUUGGUAUCUAAAAGUAAUGUCUGUAACACUUCAAAGAGAUAAACACUACUAUUCUCUUCAUUUUACAAGUGAGGAAACUGACAGGCAAAGGAAGAUAUCAAAAUAGAUUUACUGACGGGCCGGUAAUCAAACUGUGACUGAUGUUCCAGAGCAUACUCUUAACUGCUAUGAUAUUUUGCCACACAGUGAUAAUGAAAAGGUCAGUUCAUUAUACUACUUACCAUUCUGGAACCAGAGACUAUGCUAGGCACAUUGCAUAUAUUCAUUUAUUAUCUAACUAAAAAUAUAAGAAUUUGUAUUAACCACUCUACUUUUUUAUACAUCGUAACUGAUGGUCAUUUGUGAAACAUUAGGGUAUCUAACACCUUAAGGCUGUAAUAGCAGUGGGCCAUUUCAACUCUCAUGGGUAGGUAAUGAAGUUUCCAUCAUGUUUCCAAAUGUCAGUGGAGGCUUCUGAACCACUUUGUAUCGCUCAUGUCACCCAUGUUAUGCAAAAACCCAUCAGAAAGAGUGAUGACUCCAAUAAUUCAAAGAGCAUUUGAAUUUCAGGCAGAAAUUUCUAUUCAAUAUACAAUCAUGUUCUAUAAACUGCUUGCCUACUAGAUAACGAUUAUUGCCACAAGGUAGCACAAUGUCUGGUACACAAUAAACAUUGAAUGAAUGAAUAGAAGUAUUAAAAAAGGUAAAUGAAUUCAAUAAAAUGUAGAGCUAAAAAAAAUAGUACUGGAGAUGGAAAUUCUUUCCUUAUCUGAUUCAGGCACUAAGGAGAAUUCUAACCAGACUUCUUAGGGGAACCACAGUUUGUUUUUACUUCUUAUGCUGAAGAAUACAAAAGAAAUAGAAGCAAAUUCCUAGCAUGUGAACAAGUAGUUAAUAUUGAAAUUUUCUGCUUUCAGCAAUAUUUUAUCUUAUGAUUAUGCACUAUUUAUGCUCUCUUUCUCUGUCAAUCAGCUUACUUUUUGGUAACAUUUUAUUAUUAAAAGCUGUUUUGAGGAGGGGUCCAAGAUCACCGAUUAGAAGCAGCUGAGGUCCAUGGCACUCAUGGAGAGGGAAAAAAAGGACAAGUGAAUACAGCAUCUUCAACUGAAAGAUCCGAGUACUCGCAUUUGGGACUGAUCAGGGAAACAACUCCACCCACAGAGAAUGAAGAAAAGCAGCACAGGGGUAUGGCCCACCUAGGAGCAACAGGGACCCAAGGGAACCCCCACAAUGCGAUGAGUGAAUAUGCAACUCCGGAAAACCAUGCUUCUCCCAUGGAUCUUUGCAACCCGCAGAUCAGGCGAUCCCCUGGCAGGCCCAGACCACCAGGACCUUGGACCCUAAACACAGAGCUGUGUGGAGUCUCCACAGAGCAGCUGCUCAGGCACACACAGAGACCCAGGAGCUUUACAAACUCUGACCUGAGGAUCUGCAACAAAUAUUUCUGCAACUCAGGCAAGGUGGGAGGUCCCCGCGUACCCGUAGGAAGGGGGCUGAAUCCAGGAAGCCAAGCUGCCUGGAUCGGCAGGCCCCACUCCCACAGCACCUCACAAGAUAAAAACUCUUUUUAUGAUUAUGUAGCUCUGUCUACACCCAAAGCCAUUUCAGAAUAAAUAUUCUUCAUUCAUUC